AAUUGACUGAGCCACCCACUUGUCCUUUAAUUCUUUUGUUUUGAGUAUUCUUUUUAAAAAAUUUACUUAUUUUUUAAUUUACAUCCAAGUUAGUUAGCAUAUAGUGCUAUAAUGAUUUCAGGAGUAGAUUCCAGUGAUUCAUCCCCUGUAUACCGUACCCAGUGCUCAUCCCAACAAGUGUCCUCUCUAAUGCCCCUUACCCAUUUAGCCUAUCCCCCCACCCACAACCUCUCCAGAAACCCUCAGUUUGUUCUCCAUAUUUAAGAGUCUCUUAUGUUUUGUCCCCCUCCUUGUUUUUAUAUUAUUUUUGCUUCCCUUCCCUUAUGUUAAUCUGGUUUGUAUCUUAAAUUCCUAUGAAAUUCAUUCCUAUGAAUGAAGUCAUAUGAUAUUUGUCUUUCUCUGACUGGCUAAUUUCGCUUAGCAUAAUAUCUUCUUUAUUUAUUCGUCCAUUGAUGACAUUUGGGCUUUUUCCAUACUUUGGCUAUUGUCAAUAGUGCUGCUAUAAACAUGGGGGUGCGUGUGCCCCUUCAAAACAACAUACCUGUAUCUCUUGUAUAAAUACCUAGUAGUGCAAUUGCUGGGUUGUAUGGUAAUUCUAUUUUUAAUUUUUUGAGGAAUUCUGUUUUCCAGAGUGACUGCACCAGUUUGCAUUCCCACAAGCAGUGCAAAAGAGAUCCUUUUUCUCCACAUCCUCACCAAUAUCUGUUGUUGCCUGAGUUGUUUAUUUUAGCCAUUCUGACUGGUGUAAGGUGGUAUCUCAUUGUGGUUUUAAUUUGUAUUUUCCUGAUGAUGAGUGAUGUUGAGCAUUUUUUUCAUGUGUCGGUUGGCUGUCUUCUUUGGAGAAGUGUCUAUUCAUGUCUUUUCCCCAUUUCUUCACUGGAUUAUUUGCUUUUUGGGUGUUGAGUUUGAUAAGUUCUUUAUAGACCUUGGAUACAAACCCUUUAUCUGAUAUGUUGUUUGCAAAUAUCUUCUCCCAUUCUGUUGGUUGCCUUUUAGUUUUGCUGAUUGUUUCCUUUGCUGUGCAGAAGUUUUUUAUUUUGAUGAGGUCCCAAUAGUUCAUUUUUGUAAUUUUUCUUUUUAAAGAAAAAGAAAAAAAACCCCAUAUGUUACAUAUUGGUAUACAGUUUAUACUGACCUCAUAAAAAUGAAUUAAGGGAGUUUUCUGUUUUCUAUCUGUGAAUAGAUUAUGUAGAAUUUAAUUUAUUUCUUCCUUAUAAGAGUUUAAAAAUUCAUUGAGAAGUCAUUCUGGCUGGAGUAUUUUCUAGGGAAGAUUAUACUAAUGAAUUCACUUUUAAAAUAGAUAUAGGGAUUUCUGGUAGCAGACAAGAUGGAAUAGAUACUUGUCUCUAUUUUAUUAAAUACAGUGAAAACUCUGGACAUUAUGUGUAGAGAAAACAUAAGAAGACUCUGAAAGGUGGAGAGAAAGAGACCAGCUAGGGACUUUGGGAUCUAAGGAAACAAAAAGCAGUGAGUUUCCUGGGUUUUAUUUUUGCUUUCUAUAUAUCCCAGACUGAGUGCUAGAUAAGCCUACAACUUGGAAACACCAAUGGGAACAAACAGAAAAGCACAAGAAAAUCUUACUCUAGUGGAACAGAAAGGGGUGGCUUAGCAAGACAAAAAACAUAACAGCGAUAAUUGCCUAUUCCAGCCAAACACGAGAGAAAAAUACUACAGCCCUACUUCCCUACUUCAGCACAUAUCAAGUGGGGAGCCUAGAUUUUAACCUUCUUCCAUCUGCUCUUUCCCUCCACAUAGACUUUCAGAGGAGGAUUAGUGGAAAGUCAAGGCUUUUACCACAGCUCUGUAGUAACAAAUCUUUCUAUCCCCACUGUGUCAUAAAGUCCGUGUGAGGAGACUAAACUUUUGCUGAAUCUGGCAAGAACGAGGUGAUGAUUUCCUUCUGUAAAGGGCGUGGUUUUAGAGGAGUCCUGUUAAAACAGAAGGUCUGAAUAAGAUCCAGACUCUUAUAGUACCUAAAAUAUCCAGGAUACAAAUGAAUAUCACUCCUCAUACAAAGAAUCAGGUAUCUCAAUUUGAUAUAGGACAAUCUCCAGAUACAACAAAAAAUGAACAGACAUUGAAAUUAUUUGACAAGGAAUUUAAAGCAGCCAUUAUAAAAUAUCUCAGUGAGCAAUUAUACACAUACACUAAGAACAAAUGAAAAUAUAGAAGACCUAAGCAGAGAACCAAAGUCUCAGGAAAGAUGUAGAAAACAACAACAACAACAAAUGGAAAUUUUAGAACUGAAAAAAAAAAGCAUAAUGGAAAUAAAAAAUUCAGUGAAUGGUCUUCACAGCAAAAUGGAGGGGGCAACAUGUAGAUUUGACUUUUGUAAUGGGAUGUAGAGAGAGGUAAUCAUCAUUAGGGGAAUUAACCCCAGAUAUUAAGACCGUAGGCAUUGCUUGCUAUUCUUGUAAUGGGAUGUAGUACCUGGCAGGGGACUAAAAUAAUUUAUGGGAUUUGAGGAAGAAGCAGACAUAGUUCCUGGAAUGAGGAGGCCUCAGUUAUUAAACGCUGAAUUAAAUGAAAUGAAAAAGUGGGAAGUUGAGAUGAUAGACUACAUCUUGGAAAUGUUGAAGAGCAGUACUAGAUCAUGAAACCCUAUAAGUUCAUGUUAGUUUCUUCUUACCAUAUUUGUCUUGGAAAGGGAAGAGGGUUGUAGCUGUAGGUGAUAUUUAUGCAGUGGCUGGGUACAUCUGAGACAACAGAUAUAUAAUCCUGUAUUGACUAGAAUGGUUUAGAGAAAUACACUAAAUAUUCUCUUUUUGAGAAUAUUGAAAGUUUAAAAAAUAGUACAGUCUUGGGGCAUCUGGGUGGCUCAUUUUGUUGUGUCCAACUCUUGAUUUUGGCUCGGGUCAUGGGCUCAUGGAUUGUGGGUUCAAGCCCCACGGUGGGCUCUGUGCUGACUGUGCAGAGCCUGCUUGGGAUUCUCUUUCCUCUCUCUGCCACUACACCCCUGCCUGCAAGUGCUCUCUCUCUCAAAAUAAGUAAUAAAAAGUUAAAAAAAAUAAAAAUAGUACUGUCUCACAGUAUUAUUGUGAGUAGUACUGCCCAGGCACCUGGAUUCUGUACUCCCUCCAAUGCCUGGGAAUGGUGCUAGGUGGUGCAACCUGGGCUUAGACUGGAUUUCAAGCGAAACCUGGCACAAGAAGUUAGGGUUGCCAGGUUAGCAUAUGAAAAUAGAUAAUCCCCAGUUAAAUUUGAAUUAUUUCUGAAUGCUUUUGCACAUGUAUACUGGGAUAAAAUAAAAAUAUUGCAUAGGAAAUACUUGUACUAAAAAUUAUUUGUUGUUUAUCUGAAGUAAAUUAUAAGUAUCUAUUCUACGUACCUCUUUAAUUGUAAGUAUUUUUAUUCAUUUAACAUUUCUUUGUUUUGUAUCAUUUCCUUAUAAAACUCCUUGCAUUUGCAGUCUAUCUUGCAUUUGUAUUGUAACAUAGCUUUUAUCUUGCUCACAUCAAAACUGUUUAAUUCUUUUGUCCACUGAGCAUUAAUGAGAAAACAUGCUCAACAUUUGCAUUCUGAGCCAGUAUACUGAAAAAGUACUUGUAUAAAGUUAAGAACUUUGGGAAUUGCUCUUCAAAUUUGUAUUGUUGCAGUAUAUAAUACCAUCUUUCAUGGUGUAAAUUGUUUUCCCAUUGCUCAGGAUUAUGUUGCAUAUUUCACUCAGUGACUUUUAAAAAAUAUUGUCCACUGACAAAAAAGAGUGUUGUCAAAUUUUGUUCCCUUUAUAAGACUUCUCACAAUGGUUUCCUUAUUUUCAUGCUGGAAGAGUAUUUCAGAGCAUUCAUAUAAAAUGACUGAAUUCUUCAAAUGUUGGUACUGAUUUCAAAAGAUAGGCAUAGCAAAUGUCAUAAUAAUCUCAAGUUGGAAUUUCUUUUCCUGUUCAUAAGUAAAGUGUGGUUUGCUCACCUCAUGGGAAUUGUUGAUCUGUUCUGCUGCAUGUUGUCUCAUAUGUGUGCGCAUGACUGAACAAUAGAUUGGUUAAGUUUGGUGUAUUGUGUCUUGGCCAUUUUACCUGGGUAGCAGUUCUAAAUUUGCUCUUCCCAGAAGGUGUAAAGUCAGAAGAAUUAUUUGUUUUGUGAGUUACAUUUAAUUUUAAUUGUAUUAGGAACUUUGUUUUAAUUGCUUCUAGGGGACUUCAUCCCAAAAGAACUAGAAAGUUUCUAAAUUCUAACCAAUCUACAUUGUGAACUUUAAAUUACUUUUGGGACUAGAAAGAUCCUCAAAGCAGCAAAGAACGUAAGCUGCUUUGGUGCUCCAUUGGCUGUUCCUUUAAAGGCUCCUUUACUAGUUAACUGACUGUAAAGAGGUCCAACUUUCAUUUUUACUGGAAGUCAGUUCUGUUUUUCCACUGGUUAAUCAUUUUGUUUGUUUGCUUUUGUUUUGUUUUUGUUUUUACUGUAGCAAUGGCAACUACUUGGUAUAAAUGAAAACUGAGAAACAGAUAGUUCUUUUAGUUAUAUUAUUGAACUUAUUGAGAUGAAAUUUAUGAGACUAGCAAUCUAACAAAAAAGUAGGGCUUCUGUUUCUGUCAUUUUGAUAUAAAAAUAUUCUAUAUUCUAGUGAAGUGGGGAUAUAAGUAAUUAUAACAUAUUACCGUGCUUAAGAAUAUUUUGAAUGACCUAUCCUUCUUUAUUAUGGGCAUUCUGAAUAUGCAGUGAGAGUAAGAUUGGCAGAGAAGCUGUUAAAACAGAAGCUGAUUUCUGUGCAGGGAAAAGAUAAUAUGUAUUUUCUCAUGCCUGCAAGUAAAAGAGUAAAUCCCUCAUAACUUAAAUUUCUUAGGUUAUACCUUUAUUAUGGUUUGUAGAUUGAGACAUGUGCGCUAGAGUUUUUCUGAGAUCAACCUGUAAUUCAUUAUAUGUAUUAGGCAGGACAAUAGAGUUACCUAGACAUCCCAAUUUGUGCUGAAAAAGAUGAAAAAGAAUAAUUUAAUCCAAAAGUUUGUUUUUUGACCAUUAGUAAUGCCUAUAGUUAAUAUUCUUAGGGUAUUUUACAGGUAUACAUUUCUCCCCAGAUUAGAAUUAACCAAAAGUUCUUUUUCUGAAGAAUAUAUCUUUUUCAUCUUGUUUUCUAGCCACAAAAUUCUGAGGUUAAAGUACCAUUGCAGCAGGACUUACAUACAGUAUUUUGUUUUAAUAAGUGAAGAACAGUGAUUUUUGUUGAGGGUAACAUAUUGUGUUCUGGAUUGUUUGGUAAAAAUGUUAUGGUGACAUUGCAUUCAAAUUUCAAAUUUAUAAUGUAAGUUAGAUACAUAUUUAUAAACCAGUUGUAUGUGUUCUGAAUCUCUUUUCUAACAAGGUCUUUUUUUGUUGUUUUGAGCCAAAGUCUCCUUCAUGAUAUCUAAAAGUCUAUAACUGAGCUUAGAGGAUCAUAACAUAUUCUUAUGCUAUCUUUCUAUCCAGUCAUAAGUCUGUAUUACCCAUAAGGGAAGCCGCUUAAGGAUGCAAACACCUCUUGCAAACACUGCUGUAACAGAUCCACAUGUAUUCUGGCUGCUACAGAAUUCAUUUUGUUGAAAGAAAAUAUUAGCAUGGGAAAGACAAAUCAGUCUUCUGUGACAGAAUUUGUCCUACUGGGGCUUUCUGGCUAUCCAGAGCUUGAGGCCAUUUACUUUGUGAUGGUGCUGUGUAUGUACCUGGUUAUCCUGCUGGGAAAUGGAAUCAUCAUCAUUGUAAGUGUCUGUGACUCCCACUUGCACACCCCCAUGUACUUUUUCCUCAGUAACUUAUCAUUCUUGGACAUUUGCUAUACCAGUUCUUCUAUUCCCCUAUUUCUCAGCAGCUUCUUAACUUCACAGAAAACCAUUUCCUUCUCUGGGUGUGGAGUGCAAAUGUUUCUCUCCUUUGCUAUGGGAGCCACAGAGUGUGUCCUUCUGAGCAUGAUGGCAUUUGACCGCUAUGCGGCCAUCUGUAACCCUCUGAGAUACUCCGUUAUUAUGAGCAAGACUUCAUACAUGUCCAUGGCUGCUGGGUCCUGGAUUGCAGGGGGUGUCAAUUCUGUGUUGCAAACCUCUCUUGCAAUGCGGCUUCCUUUCUGUGGGGAUAAUGUCAUUAAUCAUUUUACUUGUGAAAUCUUGGCUGUCUUAAAAUUGGUUUGUGCUGAUAUCUCCAUAAAUGUUAUUAGCAUGGUUAUUGCUAAUGUUAUUUUUCUUGUGGUCCCAGUACUUUUCAUUUUUGUUUCCUAUGUUUUUAUUCUCUCCACUAUCCUGAAGAUUCCUUCUGCAGAGGGGAAGCGCAAAGCCUUCUCCACCUGCUCCGCCCACCUAACUGUGGUGAUUAUAUUCUAUGGAACCAUCCUCUUCAUGUAUGCAAAACCCAAGGCUAAAGACUUCUCUGGUACAGACAAAGUACAAGUCACAGACAAAAUCAUCUCUCUCUUCUAUGGAGUUGUGACACCUAUGCUCAAUCCCCUCAUCUAUAAUUUGAGGAACAAAGAUGUGAAGGAAGCUGUGAAGAAUAUGCUGUGUCAGAAAUGCUCCUCAGAGGGAAUGUCAAUGCUUUAAACAAAUUCCUUUACUCUGAAUGCAGAACUGGAUCUCACCUGUAGGUUCCAAACUAAAUAUAAGGAUUGGUGGUACCAUUAACUCCUGAAAUUCUAAUUUUUCUGUUCCUGAU